GGCUUCGCCACUCCCCCUGCGGUCCGCAGCUUCUCAGGCCAGUGUCGCUUGCCUCGUCUGCCUCAACAUGACCUCCUACAGCUAUCGCCAUUCCUCAGCCACCUCGUCCCUCGGGGGCCUGGGAGGCGGCUCCGUGCGUUUUGGGGUUGGGGGCGCCUUCCGCGCGCCCAGCAUCCACGGGGGCUCAGGUGGCCGUGGCAUAUCCGUGUCCUCCGCCCGCUUCGUGUCCUCGUCCUCCUCCGGGGGCUAUGGUGGCGGCUAUGCUGGCGUCCUGGCCGGGUCCGACGGGUUGUUGGCGGGCAACGAGAAAAUUACCAUGCAGAACCUCAACGACCGGCUGGCCUCCUACCUGGACAAGGUGCGCGCCCUGGAGCAGGCCAAUGGCGACCUGGAGGUGAAGAUCCGCGAAUGGUACCAGAAGCAGGGACCCGGGCCCUCCCGCGACUACAGUCACUACUUCAAGACCAUCGAGGACCUGAGGGACAAGAUUCUUGGUGCUACCAUUGAGAACUCCAGGAUUGUCCUGCAGAUUGACAACGCCCGUCUGGCUGCAGAUGACUUCCGAACCAAGUUUGAGACGGAGCAGGCCCUGCGCCUGAGCGUGGAGGCCGACAUCAAUGGCCUGCGCAGGGUGCUGGAUGAGCUGACCCUGGCCAGGACUGACCUGGAGAUGCAGAUCGAGAGCCUCAAGGAGGAGCUGGCCUACCUGAAGAAGAACCACGAGGAGGAAAUCAGUGCCCUGAGGGGCCAGGUGGGUGGACAGGUCAGCGUGGAGGUGGAUUCUGCUCCAGGCAUCGACCUAGCCAAGAUCCUCAGUGACAUGAGAAGCCAAUAUGAGGUUAUGGCUGAGAAGAACCGGAAAGAUGCUGAAGCCUGGUUCACAAGUCGGACCGAGGAGCUGACCCGGGAAGAUGCUGGCCACUUGGAGCAGCUCGAGAUAAGCAAGACCGAGGUCACUGACCUGCGACGUACCCUCCAGGGUCUUGAGAUUGAGCUGCAGUCACAGCUCAGCAUGAAAGCCUCCCUGGAAGGCACCCUGGCAGAGACCGAGGCCCGCUACAGAGCCCGGCUGGCGGAGAUCCAGGCGGUGAUCAGCAGCAUCGAAGCCCAGCUGGGUGAUGUGAGGGCUGACACAGAGCGCCAGAACCUGGAGUACCAGCAGCUCAUGGACAUCAAGUCCAGGCUGGAGCAAGAGAUCGCCACCUACCGCAGCCUGCUGGAGGGCCAGGAUGCCCACUACAACAAUCUGCCCAACCAGCUCAACAUCUGAGUGCAAAAGCUCCUGGGCUUGUCCUCCAGCAGAGGGAGUCCCCUGGGCAGGGCAGGGGAGGGGAGGGGAGGGACCUCACCCUGCUCCAUCCCUGACCUGCCAAUAAAACUUUAUGGCCCAAGGAAGGAAGGA